CUCCCGGGCGGGCGAAGUCGCGACUGCCAUUCCGCAGACUGAGGCGGGAGGCGGCGGGUUCAGCUGGAAGCGGCCGAGCUCGGAGCCGCUGCGGCUCUUCCCACCCGCUUCGCCCCGCCGAGCCGACCUACGGCUUCCCGCGCGGCAUGAUCCGGGUCCAACGAGGUGGAGGAGUCGGCGGUAUUGGGGGAAGCCGCGGCCUUGGCACUAUGGAAGUGAAGAGCAAGUUUGGUGCAGAGUUCCGACGGUUUUCUUUGGAAAGAUCAAAACCUGGCAAAUUUGAGGAAUUCUAUGGAUUACUUCAGCAUGUUCACAAAAUACCCAAUGUUGAUGUCUUAGUUGGAUAUACAGACAUUCAUGGAGAUCUCCUACCAAUCAAUAAUGAUGACAACUACCACAAAGCAGUCUCUACUGCUAAUCCUUUGCUUCGGAUUUUUAUUCAGAGAAAAGAAGAUGCAGACUACAGUGCCUUUGGGACAGAUACCAUGACAAGGAAGAAAAAUGUCUUAUCAAAUGUGCUGCGUCCAGAUAACCAUAGGAAAAAGCCACACAUUGUUAUUAGCUUGCCACAAGACUUCAGACCAGUGUCUUCUAUUAUAGAUGUGGACAUACUUCCAGAAACUCAUCGCAGAGUGCGGCUUUAUAAAUACGGAACUGAGAAGCCUCUAGGAUUUUAUAUACGUGAUGGCUCUAGUGUCAGAGUAACACCUCAUGGGCUAGAAAAAGUACCUGGUGUAUUCAUAUCCAGGCUAGUUCCUGGAGGCCUGGCUCAAAGUACAGGCUUACUGGCUGUUAAUGAUGAAGUCCUAGAAGUGAAUGGUAUAGAAGUUUCAGGAAAAAGCCUUGAUCAAGUUACAGAUAUGAUGAUUGCAAACAGUCGUAAUUUGAUAAUUACUGUGAGACCAGCAAACCAGAGGAACAAUGUUGUUAGGAACAGCCGGACUUCUGGUAGCUCAGGACAGUCUACUGAUAACAGCCUUCCAAGUUACACUCCACAUAUUGUGCCACGCUAUCAACCUGAAGAAGAAGACAGUGAUGAAGAUGAUAUAAUCAUUGAAGAUAAUGGUGAGCCACAGCAAAUUCCAAAAGCUGCUCCUUCCAGUGAAAGCCUGGAUUCACUGACACAAACUGAAACCCAUCAUGAAUCAAUGCAAAAUGGUUUCAUUUCUUCCAGGGAAGCAAACUUGUACUGUUCAACAAGCAGCAUUAAUGUGGAAUUUGAAAUCCAGGAUUCUGACCAAAAGACCUUAGAAGAAGAUGGGACAAUCAUCACAUUGUGAAAGUACUUCAUUUGCUUUUUCAAAUUAAGAGGCCAAAAACUAUAUUUACUUGGCUGCACCUAUACAGUAUAUACCUCUCAAGUGCUAUAUUUCAGUGGCUUUUUAUAUUAGCAGAAUGGAGUUAUGAUUCACUUCAUUUGUUCCAUUUUGAUAUCUAGCUGAGUAAUAUUUUUGAAACAUGGGCUGGCUUUCAUCUUACGUUUUCAAGACAGAACAGUGAUCCUAUUGCUGAGAAUGGUCUGAUGUACUUUUUCCGUUUAUAAGAACCAGUUUUUGGAUCUUUUCUUGGGUCUAUCUGCAUAUUUUUAUUUUAUUAUAUGCAUCUUGAAGUCAAAUGAGAUCCAGCCCAAGGAAUGCCUUAUUUCAACUUAAAAAUAUUAAUGAAAUAAAGUAAUUAAACAUGAGAUACCACCAUUUUAACCCAUCUCCCAAUACGUAUUAAUUAAAAGGUUAUAGAAUGAUUUAUAAUAGAUCAGUUUUCAUAACUCUUAAUGCAAUUAUUCAUACAACUAUAUUUUGGAUUUACUAAUGUAAUGGUUAGUUGGGAGGUAUAACAUUGGUUUUUAAUUUAUGAAUCUUUGACUGUAUUGUGAUUUAUUCCUGGUGCUGGAGGAAUACAUUUCCACUGGAUAAGUUAACUUAUUAAAAGCCAGUUAAAUUGUUUCUCUGGGUCUAUCAUAUUUAGUUAUGUACCCAUUCAGUGAGAAAUGGUGUGAUUAUAAAUGCUAGAUGGUCGGAUCUGUCUGUCCCUUUAAUUCCUCACAGCGACCUAACCUAGCAUAGUUUGGGUCAUUCAGUGGAAUUAAAAGAAUGCUCACUGCUGCCUGGAGCAGUACCAGUACAACCAGGUAAACAACCAAGAUUCCUUAAGAGAAGAGCAGGGCCAUUAAAGAACACUUUGCCCAUGGGCCACCAAGCCCAGAAGUUGACCCUGUGGGGUUUUAUUAUAUCUAUAAUGUGAAUGUUUUUUGUGGUGUUUUUAAUUCUGAAUGCAAGUCGUAAUGAUCAAUUUGGCAAUCAAAUAUCUUAUGUAUAGUUUUUUUUUAACGAUUAGAAGGGUCUUCUACAGUGGAAGAGAUCCUUAAAGAAGGCAAGUUCUAUUAUCAUAAACAUGGGAAAUAUCAUUUGAACUUCUUUCCCUUUGACAAAAGGCUUUUUUUCUAUAAAGCUCUUAGCCAAGGAAUUUUAUAUUUAACCUUUAGGCAUAUGUUUAUACCUUUUUCUUCAUGUAAUUGUGAUUGAGGUACAAUCCAGAAUUGAAGGAAAAGAAUGAUUCCACAAAAGAAAUUAUUACCUGUGUGUAUGUUCAGUACUACUGUGAAUUAGGUUGAUGAAUUAUAUUGUAGAUGUUAAACUUUUAACUAUCACAGAAGCAUGGAACCCAAAACCUUCGUGAAAGAACUGGAUAUUAAUUUAUUCUGGCAAUAUAUUGGUUGCUGUGCUGCUUAACUCCUUGAUUCUGAUUUUUUGACAUUUCUAUUGCAAUUAUGUUUCACCAUUUUGCAUCUAUUAUGUUGCAGUUACAGACUUAAGGAAAUGUUUAUUAUACUGUGCUUAAUUUCCAUUCCUUAAGAUUGUAGCCUCAAUCAGGUAGCUUGUAUUAUGAGAUGAAUGUGUACGUUAUAAAUAAAUAUAUGUUGUAUAUAAAUAUACACACACAUGUAUACGUGUGUGUGUGUACCUGUAAAACAACUUUGUUUUUGAAGCAGCAUCAUGUCUAAGAAAACUAAAACUCUGAGUUUGGCAAAAUCUUUGAACACUAUAGAGGGAAAGAGGGUACUGCUUACUGCAACUAAAAUGACAGGCUGCAUUGCAUGAUUGCAACGCAAUGCAGUUGCCAAGAUGACAGAAUUGUAGAGUUUUAUGACUACCGUGUUCUUACUACAUCUUCAAAAAUCAAGCUAUUUAAACAUAAUAUAGUACAUACUAGCUUGAGAUGUAUAAUUAUAGAGAGAUAUCUCAGGCACAGUACUGAGCUUCAGUAUAAGAUAAAUGGCAUACUACCUCUAAGCCUUUAUCAGUUAGCCUUGCUGGCUGGGGAAUUCUGGGAGUUGAAGUCCAUGUAUCUUAAAGUUGCCAAGGUUGAGAAACACCAAGUUAGCAUUUUGUGGGGGAGAAGGAAAAGGGGCAUUCUCCAACUAGAACAGUGUUUCUCAAUCUCAGCAACUUUAAGAUGUGUGGACUUCAAAACUGGCUGGGGAAUUCUGGGAGUUGAAGUCCACACAUCUUAAAGUUGCAAAACACUGGACUAGAGAGAUAGCUAAGGGUUUGACCUAUGAACAACUUUUUAAAACAAAAAAUUGGUUAAGAUAUUUAGACUGGUCUGCAAGGCACCCUGGUUUUCUCCCAGAUUCUUUAUAUAUGCAUCGCACUCAGCUUUUUAUUGAAGCUUCUCUAUUAUAUGUAUGAGUGAAUAAUUGUAUUGUUUCAUCAGAGAAUCAAAAUUCUUUAGAUGCUUUUGAUCCUUUAAAACAGAGGCAAAUUUUAAACCUCUUCCCCUGUAGUUUGGCAUCAGAUUAGCCUCUUAAGUGCACCUUAUCUGAACAAAAGCAAAACGUGGCUACAAUGAUAGACUUUUUUGGAGCUGAUUUUUAGUUCCAGAUGAAGUCAAGCUGAACUGUGAAAUCUUUGUUCUUCCAUAAAUACGUUGUUUAGGAUUUUGUCAUGUACUGUUCCGACUUACAUAUUUUCUAAUUAAAAACUUUAUGCAACAUAAUUUUUACAUGAACAUGUAUAGAAUCUCAAAUGUCAGUAUUUUUCUUACCACAUUAAUGUAUGAUGUACCUCUGUACGACUAAAUGAAUUUUGAUUUUACAAAAAUCAAUUGGCACUAAUCAUAUGCUAGUCAUAUUUUUUAGAAACUUGGUAAUAAAAAUUAUGACUAUUGCUAA